CCAGGAGUAGGGACUGCUUCUUGGAACAUAUAGUAGCUUUCUGUACAGUGGGUGUCAUUGUGCGGGAGUGAGGGAAUAGUUUUGUGGAGGGAUGAUGUCCCCUAAACUCAAGCUGGGGAGCUCGAGUUCCAUUUCUUCCUCACAGCCGUAGGUGUAGCAUUACUGAUCCCCGGUUCGAGUGGCAGUUUAGCGGCUCCGCUCCCUGCAGCGUCCACCUCAAUGCAGUCUCGGCGGUGCCGCAGCCCUGUGAACUGCGGUCUGAAGCCGGUAAAGGGACCCACGAAACAACGCACUAUGGAGAAAAGGGCUGAAUAUAGUAUAAACCUUUCGGUGCAGAAGGUUCUCAGCCUCUGGGCCAACAAUGGCACUUCCCUGGAGCAGUUCACAGAAAUGUGGUACUGGGUUUUUCUCUGGGCCCUUUUCUCAUCGUUGGUUGUUCAUGGCGUGGUGGGACUGCUGAUGUUUGUGAACCUGCAGAGGCAUAAGCAAGGGCGACUCAUCUCUAUUGUUCUUGUUAGCAUUGGAUUUCUGGCAUCAGUUACUGGAGGAAUGAUAACGAGUGCAGCAGUAGCCAGUGUUUACAGAGUGGCUGGAAAGACUAUGGCUCCACUGGAAGCACUAGUAUUUGGUGUUGGACAGACAUUACUCUCACUUGUCAUUUCAUUUUCAAGACUCCUUGCCACACUUUGAGAGAGAUUGCAUGACUGUUUUGAUCGCAGGCUAGAAACAUGGAAAAUUUAGAUUAGAGCUUGGGAUGGCCAGUAAAAAGAGAAAAAUGUCAUGCACACAAGCUGUGAUACUGGGUUUUGAAGUUCUUGCAGAAGUUCCAAACCAGCAGUGAACUAAAACCUUUGUUGGGUUUAAUUUGCACUAUUACAUAGCACUUUAUGUGCCUCAGUCAAAAAAAUAAGGUGCAAUACUUUUUUUUCCCUCAGUGUGCACAACGUCUAGCAGUUAAGCACCUUGAUUGACUGCCAGUCAGAUUUGGCAAUGUGAGAAUGCUCUGUUUUCUUCAUUCUGUAAAACAAACUGCAGGGACUUUCCAAAUCUUUAACAUGUGCCAAACUCAAUUUCUUUUUUUAAUGUUAUUGAUGUGAUAUUUCAGACUUGUGAUGAUGGGACUAGUCAGUGUUCUUUUUUGGUCUGAUAAUUGACCAAGCAUUUAUGAUUGGUAGAACUGUACUGAAGUAAGAUUUUAAUAUGUGAGUGUUGUCUUGACUGUAGGAAAGUGUUUACAAUUCCACUUCCGAUGAUCUGUAUAUUUAAGUCAUUGAGAGGUUGUAUAUGUCACUAAUUUGCUUACUGCACUGCAAAAGCCACAAAAGUAUUUGUUGAAUUCUGGUGCAGAACAUUUACAUUAUUUAAUGUGUCAUACACUGGAAAGCUUCUCUGUUUUUAUUACUACCUUACUACUUCUGUUUUCUAAUUCAAGUAAAACUUUUUUUUAACGAAAAUGCCAUCUAUUUCCUCUCAUCAGAUUUGUACUUAUGAAAACCAUGUCACUAAAUUGCUGCAAAAUUCAUUGUAUUCAGCUUAAUUGUUUAUGGCUAUGGAUGAUGAAGUCUAGCACCAGAGUGCAUUUUAUAUAAAGAAAUUAAGUUUUA